AAGGUGGAUAAGUUAGAAGUUGAUUUCAUUCACCUUGUAAAAUGCGUUAAAAAUAAUUUGAGAAGUUCAUGUCAAAGCCUUUUCAGUCAUUUACUAAAUUUUUAUCCCGUACUUUUUCCCUCAGGUAAAAGUUUUAGCCCUAGAGAUUGAAAAUUCAAAGGCAACUAAGAGGAAGUCUGAAAGCGUAAAUAAUUUAAGCACAAAAUUCAGAAAUUAAACUAGUUUCUAUUUCCAAGAAUCAACUAGGAAGUGUAGUUAGCGUCAAUGCAGAAAUGAGCUGUUAAUUAAAUGCAAGAAAAGAGCAAAAUUGAUUAGGGGAGAGAGGUGAGGCAAGACUGAAAUACGGAAGCGCGCAGCUAAGAGCUCUGUCUCAUCUUUUUCAGUCUCAUUAGCGCCAUCAUCACUCCAUGGGGAGUCGACGGUCCUCUCUCCUUUCUCUCCCUUUCUCUCGGGGGCCUCCCAUAUGGCCUGUUACCGUUUUCCAUUCCCCCUUCCCUUUCUUUUUCCCUUUUUAUUUUUUUCUGUAAUUAAUUAAUUAAUUAAUUAUUUUUUGGGAAUGAUAACCCCUUAUAUAUAUCAUGGACACACUCUCUUAGACCUGACCAGCGUCAUUGAAUGCAAUUCAACUAUCCAUCUAGGGAGGGGAGAGAGGGAGAGAGGGAGAGAGAGAGGUGUUCAGCUUUCUUCUCUGCCAGUGCAAAGUUAUUGAGGAGGGGGGAAACAGUAGGAUGAGGGGCUUCUUCUUCUUUAAUUUGUCCAUUACUGGGUGCAGCAGAAGGAGGUGGCAGGUUGUGUGUACAUUGUAUGUCACCUUAAGAAGGCCCACAUGGCUUCCUAUGUUGGGUUUUGGCCUCCUCUAUAGAGAGAGGGGAGAGGCAGGAGCAGCAGAAGACAGAGAGCAGUGGUACUAUAGGAGCUGGAGAAUAGCCAGGACGACGCGUGAGAAAGGGAAGGCAUAUUGUCAGUUGUAGAGGAGCAGGUUUUUGGGACCAGAUGGCGACCUUUGAUUCCUUUCCUUUUCCCUUUCUUUCUCUCUCUCUCACACAUACGGACACACACACAAGCACAUUGUUACGCGCUCACGCACACACACUUUGUCUCACAGGUCACUACACUCUGUUGCUUAUUUCACUUUGUGGCACCCCAGAAGAGUAUAGAACCUUACAACUCUGAUGCCACGCCUCGUUAGCCCAGUUUCACCCCUCUGUCCCUCUCUGUGGUCCAUCACCAGCUCUCAACACAGACCAAGCCCAUAUAUUGGGGUAGAUAGGGAGGAGACAGACAAAAGAAAAGAAGCAGAUAUGGAUUGGAAUGGCAACUUAAGACCCUUUGUUUCACGCCCAGAGAGUUCCUUCACCUUCCUCUACAACUAUAACUACGACCCAUAUCCAGUUUCAGGGAUGGAGGUUAAGCACCCAGUAUCAGCGGAGACAGCCCAUGCAAUGGUUCGGCCUAUGGACAAGAGUAGUUAUGGAAACCAGGAAAAGAAGAAGCGACUAACAAAUGAACAGCUAGAGUCGCUGGAGAGGAGUUUCCAGGAGGAGAUAAAGCUCGAACCAGAUAGAAAAAUGAAGCUAGCACGAGAGCUUGGGCUCCAGCCGCGACAAAUCGCAGUUUGGUUCCAGAACAGGCGCGCUAGGUGGAAGACGAAGGAGCUGGAACGCUUAUAUGAUGUCCUUAAACAAGAGUACGAUCUCAUGUCCAAGGAGAAGCAAAAGCUCCAAGAAGAGGUUUCAAAAUUGAAAGGUAUCCUUAGGGAGCAGGCGACUAGGAAGCAAGUAUCCAUGGGCUACACAGAGGUUUCCGGGGAAGAGACUGUGGAGAGCACAUCCAUCACGAUUCGUAGCUCCAACAAGCCACGAGGAUUAAGUCAUCAAAUUGCUGACUGCAACUAUGUGUACACCGCGGAGGAAUAUAACCCAGUGUCGCCCCCUUAUUGGGGUGUUCUGCCGCCUUAUCCUUCAACCUAGGGCUGCUAGCCUAAUUGUUCAUAAUUUUAUCAUAACUUAAAGUUUAGGUUUGUUACAUGAGAGCACCUUAUUUUGUAACCGAAUUUGUCAGUUGGGGUUUAAUUUGGCUGGCUUUUGCUUUCGGAAUGAUGGCAACUAUAUGUCCAUACACACAUCUAGAGAGAGAAGAAAAGCUACUCUAAUUUCCAGGAGUUUCUUUAA